AUGUCUCUUCGACCCAAACUAGGGUAUAAUUACUCACUUCAUUGUACUACUCGUGAUCCAAAUAACGAUGCCCUUCUUCAAUGCCAUUGUGUUGGGUAUAAGUAUUUUACAGGGGUGAUUGGCAAGUGUCUUGGACAUAAAACUCAUAGUUUGUACCAGUUGAACCCAUUUGAGCAGAGGAUUGUGUAUGUCAUGACCUGCAAAAAAGGAUUAGUAGUUCCUCAACUUUUCUUUGAUCAACUGGUUGAAUGCAUAACUGGGAACAAAAGGCCAACCUACGUUCCAUAUCCACUUCGGCUUGCAUUAAUUAUGACUCCUACUAAAGAGGGUUACAAUGUCAACCAUAUAGUUUCCAUAGAACUUCCAUUUCUCUCAUCUAAGACUAUCAAUGCCAAAUCCAUUAAAGAAGAUACACAUCUUGAUGAAGUUGAUGAUGAGGGAAAUGAUGAAGAUGAAGAGGAUGAUGUUGAUGAUGAAUAA